AGAAAUCUUUAUUCUGUUGUUUAUAUUCUACUUAUUGUUAAUAGGAUUAGAACAAAAGCUCUUAGAAGUUUGUCUCUUUCUCUCUGUUGUUUACCUGAAAUCUAUAUCCGUAAUACUGUCAAUUGUUCUCGUACAUUCGAACAAUUCGUCAAAUAUUUUCGUUUACAUUCACGUUUGUUCGUUAUCUUGAAUUGCUCCCGGUGCUACCACUGCAGCAGUUGCAUUUUUCUUUUGUUAACAAUCGUUUUUUUCUCCCAUUUACACCUCUAAAUGCUGCUGCUGUUGAUGCUGCUGUUCUUCGACGUACCUACUUCAUGUUUUGGACAAGCUAUAUUGCGUAUAAACUUUAACCGAGGGAAUAUUAAAGAUACGUAGAUAGAUAUAAAGAGAAAAGGAGAGAUCGUGUUUAUUUGGAUCAACGCUCGUUGAAAUAUUGAAAAAUGAGUAAUACAUUAGAUUCGAUACAAUCAUCAAAUGUAAGUUAUACCCGUGAAGAAAUGUCAUAUUUAUUUGGCAGAGAUCCUAGUAUUUUAGCAUACGGACAGAGACCUUGUCCAUCUAAAGAUGUAAAGAAAAAUUUACUUUCUGUAUAUGAAACAGAAGAAUUUGAUUCGGUAGAAAUCAAAAGCUCGCUUUUUGAUUCUCAGUCUUUAAAAACGAUUAAAGUCUAUUUACGUUUAAAGCCAUUUCCAAGAAAAAUCAAAUUACUACCAGAACAAGAAGAAGCUUAUAAAAUAACUAAUUCCACCACUUUGGUAACUAAGUUUCCACAUUUAGAAAAUAACAGUUGUUUUGCAAGAGCUAAAAGUAACGAUGUAGCAUGUAGAACGUAUACGUUCACUCAAACAUUUGGACCAGAAAUAACGCAAUUGGAAUUAUUUGAUCGAGUGAUUAAGCAACAAAUGGUAGAUUUCUUAGCCGGACAAAGUUCUAAUGUAAUGACUUACGGUACAACAAAUUCUGGAAAGUCACAUACAUUGCAUGGAACAAUCACAUCGCCUGGCAUCAUACCACGUGCUUUAGGAUUCUUAUUUUCUAAUAUCACUCCAAUAUCUAUACCUUCAUAUAAACCUAUACAUUAUUGCGAUGCAAAAUUUCUUAAUUCUCUUGAGCAAGCUCAAGAGUUACAAGUUACAACUAAAUUGUUAAGUUUUAGUUCGGUGGAUAAAAAUCAGUAUAAUAAUACUUAUAAGGAAAUGCAAAAUAUAUUACAAGAAGAAUCACAGUUGAAAUCUAGCAAAUACAGUAAUGCUCAUUAUUCAGUGUGGAUAUCUUUUGCUGAAAUAUAUAACGAAACUAUAUAUGAUCUUUUGACUAUUGACUGUCCAAAAAAGAAAGUACCACUAAAACUAGCAACUGAUAAUCAUGGAAGAACUUUUAUCAAAGACUUGAAUGUUGUCUAUGUUAACUCUGGUGCGGAGGCAUACCAAGUUUUAAUGGCUGGUCAAUAUAAUUUAAAAGUAGCCGCAACAGCUUUAAAUGCAAGAAGUUCGAGAUCUCAUUGCAUAUUUACUAUUAAACUAUUAAAGUAUUAUUCUGAAAAUCUAACAGAUUCGGUGGAUAUAAGCACGUUUUCUUUUUGUGAUUUGGCUGGUUCUGAACGCUUAAAGAAAACAUUAAAUAUUGGUGACAGAUUAAAAGAAGCGCAAAAUAUCAAUACGAGUCUGUUAGUCUUAGGGAAAUGUUUGAAAUCAAUUUACAACGCUCAAUUAUCAAAAUUCAAAUCUGAACCUGUCAUUGGACCUUUCAGGGAAUCAAAAUUAACAAGAUUAUUUCAAAGAGCAUUAUCAGGAAGCGAACAUAUUGCUUUAAUUGUUAAUAUUAAUCCUUUGCCAAAUCUUUACGUAGAAACACAAAAUGUAUUAAAUUUUGCAGCAAUUGCAAAGAAAAUAAUCAUAGAACCUAAAAUAAAAAAAACAAGAAAGGCACAUUGUUCAAGAUUUUCUAAAAUGGUUCAGAAAAGUGUACAAAGUGUAACAAACUGGGACGCUGUGGUUUUAGAAAAUACAGAUACAAAGAUAGAAAUGGAUGAAAUAAAGUUAAUCUCUUCUAAAGAAUAUGAAGAUUUGUUACUAGUAAAUAAACAAUUAAGAAAGGAGAUAACGAAUCUAAAAAAUAUGGCUUUAACACGUGACUUUGAAAUUCGACAAGAAAUGGUAGACAUUUAUACUACCGCCAUUAAAAAGCUUGAGAAUGAUUUGAAAUCUCGUAUAAGAGAUUUUGAAGAACAGCAAGAAGAUACUUUGCAAUGGUCAAUUAAACAAGUUGAAGAAUUCUAUAAACAAAAAAUUAAGUUAAAUAGUCGAAAAAGGAUACGAUCUUGUUUAUCUGACGAAGAUAAUAAUAAUAAUGAGGAUGAAGAUAAUAAUAGUAAAAAUUCAAAAGAUAUUAAAGAGUUGAAAUGUGAAAUUUCACAUUUAACUGCUAAAUUAGUGUAUAUGGAAAAUACUAUUAAUGCAUUAAAGAAAAAUAAUACAAUUUUGAGCGGAGAAAAACAUAAAACUGUAUUUGAAUUGAGCUUAUUAAAGGAAGAAUUAAAACAAACAAAAUGUUUAUUGGAUGCUGCUCAGAAAGAUCUGUGUCACGAAGAAGAAACUAAAUAUUAUAUAGAAGAGAUAAAGUCACAAUUAUCUUUUAAGAAAGAUCAUGUCAAGAAACUUAAAACUUUAUUGAACGAAGCAAAAGAAGAAUAUAUUACUAUCACAAAUGAUGCUCGAGAAAAGGACAUUCAAAUCAAAGAACACGAAGAAACGAUGGUGGAAUAUGAAGACAAGAUAAACGAGAUGCAUGAACAACUCGAUCGAACUCAAUGCAGUCUUUCAGAGCAAACUAAAACAAUUGAAAAAUUAGAAGAGAAUAAUCAAAGGAUGGCGAAUAAAAUAAUUGAAUUAGAAAAUAUGUUGAAACUAAAAAAUGAAAACUAUGAAGAUAUUUCUUGCAAGCAAGGAAUAUAUCUCUCGUCUAUAGAUAUUAAUUAUGUAGAAGAACUUUCUCUUUCCUUUUAAAUAUGACUAUUAUCAUGUUAUUAUAUA